AUGGCGGACUCGAAGACGGUGACGUCCCAUUCCAGUGAGGAGCCAGGACGCGGCGACUUUGUGGAGGUCGGGUAUGCGCCGCUGGACAACCAGAGAGCUGUGGAGCUGGUGAUGCACCCGAGUGCUGGCGCCAUCUCGACGUUCGUGGGCACUACGCGCGACAACUUCCAAGGGAAGAAGGUGGUGCGGCUGGAGUAUGAGGGUUACACGCCGAUGGCGGUGUCGGAGCUGCGCAAGAUCUGCGUCACGAUCCGCGAGAAGUGGCCUGAGGUUGUGGGGGUCGCUCUGUUCCAUCGGCUGGGCGUUGUGGAGGUGGCGGAGGCCAGUGUCAUCGUGGCUGUGAGCUCGCCGCAUCGACGAGAAGCGCUGGAAGCUUGCGCCUUUGCGAUUGAUACACUCAAGGCCACGGUCCCCAUUUGGAAGAGUGAACAGUACGAAGGGGACACGAGAGUGUGGAAGGAGAACGUGGAGUGGAAAGAUGGAGCUGCUGCCAGGUCCUCUUGCUGCGGAAGCAAGCGCGUCAUGGUCCCUGUCGACGACAAAUGAUUUCCAGUUGAGAUGGAUACAUCGUCAAGGUAGUCGAGUAGAUGACCACUAAAUUUAGCGGUUGAAGGCGGCAUCUUUCGCCAUCGCUGUGAGCGACUCGUCACAAUGGGUGCUGUCCGUGGAGUCGAGCCUCGGCGACUGGCGCUGCGAUACGAGCCCCCGGGAAUUAUUGUGGAGUACGUCUACCAGAGCAACGCGGGAAGGCAGCUCUACCACCAUGAAAUUGACUUAAAAGCGGAACUGUCGCUAAGCUCGGGCAGGUUAAGUGUAAGCAGGCACCAUACCACAACAACAAAUCCAUCGU